AUGCUUGCUCGUGCAAUUGACUUGACUACUAGGUCGCGCAUCAUACCCGCCGCCUGUACAUGUGCCCCUCAUCCUGUCAUUCCUCCGAACGUGGCCACAUUGGCUAUCAUCACGACCGCCGUCCGGCGCUUUACGACCGUUACGACCGUUCUUCGCUCCGCGCGCAACUUUGGUAGCAGCAGCGCUCGCUACUCCGGGGACAGUUCUAAUCUAAGCAUACUAUUCAAGCUCUCGACGAGGCACGAUAACGGCACGAAGCCUGUAAUAACAUAUACGCCAGUCCGAUCGGCCGGUCCUCCCGAGUCAGGCGUGCGACCGCGACCAGAAGCGCAACCGUUACAAGCACAACCGCGUUCAGCUUCAUGGAACAAAUCUGGACUGUCCGAUGACGUCCAGUUCUUAGCGACCGGACUACCAGCUCUUCUUGAGCCACUCAAGGUACCGCCACAAGAUAACAGAACCCCGCGUCCAGAAGCGAACAAGGGCGCGAGUCUUGUUCGUCGCGAUUCAAGCAAGAUGGCCUCCUCUGUCCAGAUUAUAACGUCGCCUACAGCGGACACACCGGGCACAACGCUUAUGCUGCAAACUCAGAAACAACACUACAUCUUUGGCACCCAUGCCGAAGGUACGCAACGGGCCAUGGUGGAGCAAGGUUUGCGGAUGACCAAAGUCCAGAACUUCUUCAUGACAGGAAAGAUGGAUUGGCAAAACGCAGGCGGAUUGAUUGGCAUGACUCUGACGCUGGCUGAUUCGGCUACGUCUGCGUACGAUAUGGCUAUGGAGGUUUAUCGCAAGGGCAAAGGCACGAAAAAGCUCCAGGAGCCACAGCGGCCGAAGAUCAACGUUUACGGACCGCCGAACUUGAAGCACGCUCUGAAUACAUGUCGCCGGUAUAUCUUUCGGAAGGGUAUUCCGGUGAUUGCGACCGAGUACAAGGAUGUACCAAUACAUAAGAAUGACCAAGGCGCUAUAUUGCCAACAUGGCAAGACAACGCGAUACAGGUCUGGGCUUUGUGUACAUCUCCUGCACGGAAAUGUGUAGAUCCAGAUCGUGAGCAGCAGUUGGCUAAGCUACAGGAUGCUUAUGAACGAUAUGCAAACAACUUCGAGGAACAUCAAGCACCCGAAAAUGAGUCUGCCGAGCAGAGGGAUGCACGCUAUGAUCGCAUCAGAUCAGCGGUCUUGAACCUGAUGUUCAACUCCAAAUGGACUCUGGACACAUUGGUGGAGCGACACAUUUCAGAUGUCGAGCCGCCUGCCGCGAUAUUCGUUCGCAAUUCUGAGACGAACCGUAUCGAAGCCUACCGUGGACCGAAACCUGGUAGUGGAGACCCUUUACCAGAUAUCAAAGUUCUCACGCGUACACCAUGGCCAGGUGCGACAAUUACUGGUCUUCCGCCUACAGCACCAAAGGCAGAAUCGCUUUCGUAUAUUGUGCGCUCGCAAUCAACACGAGGUACCUUUGAUGCAAAACGCGCAAGAGAAUUUGGGUUAAAACCUGGACCAGACUUCGGUAUGCUAAGCAAGGGCCAAAGUGUGCAGAAUAAUAAGGGAGAAACUAUUACCCCACACAUGGUCAUAGGACCUGACAAACCAGGAAAUGGUUUUGCUAUAUUAGAUGUUCCUUUGGUCGAUUAUCUGGAAACCUUGAUACAGAGAGAAGAGUUUAUGUGCGAAGAUCUUACAAAAGACAUUAAGAUAUUCUACUGGGCUCUUGGACCCGGUGUUUCUGGACAUCCUCUACUGCAGCAGUUUCUAGAACGGUUCAACCAUGCGGAACACUUUUUCUCCUCUGUGGAUGAUUGCCCGAAUCGUAUAUCGCUCGAUUCUGUGGCAGCUCAGACGAUUCGACUUUCGGCCAUCGACCCCGCUCGCUACCGCAUACCCCAGCAGGACGUUAAGACCCUUCCCCAGACGAGCCUUUACGGUCUAGGAUCACCCGGAAAAGCAGCCAGUAUGCAAAAUGUAACUCCUGCUGUGAAGGGGAUCAAACAUAUCCUAAUGCCCAAGUUUGAGCGGAAAGUAGAUGAAGCAACAGAAGAAGAAAAAUUCCGUAGUAAAGAAGAACAAGAGACACCUGAUGUUUUUGAAAUGGAGGUGCGAGCGCAAAUGGAUCCAAAGGUUUUGAAACUAGCCGAGGAAGCUCAGCAAGCGGUGAAGAACGACCACGAGGCUCUGUCAAGGUGGCGGCAGCUCAUUGCACGGCCCGAUACGGAGGUGGUUACUCUCGGGACGGGCUCAGCUUGCCCUUCAAAAUAUCGCAAUGUAUCUGCGACGCUUUUGAGGGUACCGGGCGUUGGUAACUAUCUGUUCGAUUGCGGCGAAGGUACCUUGGGCCAACUGCAGAGGGUCUUCAACACCGACGAGCUGGUUGGCAUCCUCAAAGACCUGCGCAUGAUCUGGAUAAGCCAUCUUCACGCAGAUCACCAUCUCGGUACUGCUUCUGUGAUACGCGAAUGGUACAAACUCAAGCACAACAGCGUCCCACAGGUCGACCAUCCAUCAGAGUCAACUGUACUCGCGGACAACGCGUCGAAGUAUGGCCUUUCCGUUAUUUCACACGAAGGAAUGAUCAAGUGGCUCCGGGAGUACUCAUUAGUGGAAGACUUUGGACAUAGCCGCAUAUUGCCGUUGGAGAUCUCUGCCGUUGGACGGUUCGAAGACUCCGGAUCUCGACUCACUUUCACUUCCACCGCCGCCUCAGGACAAAUGGAAAACCGUUUAGUCCUCCAACAAAAAGACUACGAAGCCAUCCUCGGAUUGUCCGACAUGCAAGCAUGCAGAGUCUCCCACUGUCAUGGCGCGAUGGCAGUAUCCCUAACCUUCCCCCGCGCAUCUGCCGACCCAGAAAAUAUAAAGCCGCUCAAAGUGUCGUACUCGGGCGACUGCCGCCCAGCUCAUACCUUCACCCUCAUCGGCCGCAACUCCACCAUCCUCAUUCACGAAGCCACCUUCGACGACGAGCUCAAAGGCGAUGCCAUCGCAAAGAAACACUCGACUACCUCAGAAGCCCUCGGCAUCGGUGCCCAGAUGAAUGCGAAAGCCGUUGUCCUCACACACUUCAGCCAGCGCUACCAAAAAAUUCCCGUCUUGCAGACCGUCCAGGACGGCGAACAAGACGACCUGCCCGACCCCAACGCCAUGGAAGAUGUUCAACAAGAUGACGGCGACAAUGCGCAGACAGCUCCUACCGAUGCCGCGGUCGGGACCUCCGCUCUGCCCUCCGACUCUGCGCGCCCGCCAGCUUCACUGAGCAAGGCGGAGGGCUCGACGGCGCACGAGCAGGUCAUCAAGGUGCGGUCGAAGGACAUGAAGGUCGCCAUUGCUUUCGACUACAUGCGUGUGAAGAUUGGGGAGAUUGCGCAGCUGGAGAAGUUCAACGAGGCGCUAAAUCGGUUGUUGACCGCGGAGGAGGAGGCCGAGGUUCCUGGUUCAGAGGGCGUUGUUGAGGGGGUGCCCGUGAUUAAUAGUAAUGGGAAGAAGACUAGCGGCGAUGAAGGGGGUGGUUGGAUGAAGAAGAAGAGUAAGAGAAACAACUAG